ACAAUAGUCUGUCUUUAGUAUCACACGUGUCACGUGAGUACACUGCCGUGAAGCGAGGUUAAAUAUCGUAAACUGCGUGUGACGAGGAUUCCCAGUAGGGUAUCUAGGGUUCGUGAGAUGAGAGCUCUGUCCGGAUUGGCUGCGGUGGCGUUCCCCAUGGGUGUGCUGCUGUCCAGGACCAUGGCGUGGAUGUCCAGUGGGAGAACACAUCCUGAACUGGUCAGCCGCCUGAGGGAUAACGGAGUUAUCAAAUCAGACCGAGUUUUUGAGGCCAUGUUGGCCACUGACCGCGGGUUCUACGCCACAGAGCACUCCUACGAGGAUUCCCCACAGUCCAUAGGCUACCAGGCUACUAUCAGUGCCCCUCAUAUGCACGCCCAUGCCUUGGAAGUACUGAGUGACAAGCUAACUGAGGGGUCCUCCGCUUUGGAUGUGGGAUCAGGGAGCGGCUAUCUCACUGCCUGCUUUGCCAGGAUGGUCGGACCCACAGGAAAGGUGGUGGGUAUUGACCACAUACCGGAGCUGGUGCAGGCCUCCCUGCAGAACCUGCGUGCCGACGACCCUGAGCUGCUCGAUUCGGGACGUGUCAAACUGAUCGUGGGUGACGGAAGACUCGGGUUCCCAGAUGACGCCCCGUAUGACGCCAUCCAUGUCGGAGCUGCCGCACCUACUGUCCCCAAAGCCCUCUUGGAUCAGCUGAAGCCAGGCGGCAGGUUGGUGCUACCAGUCGGCCCGGAGGGAGGGAGUCAGGUUCUAGAGCAGUAUGACCGCCAAAGCAAUGGUACGUUCUCCAGGAAAGCUCUCAUGGGCGUGAUCUACGUUCCCCUCACUGACAAGAACCACCAGUGGCCCAGAGGUGAGCUCUGACUGCAGUGUCAUUGCCCCUGCAGGAGGUGGCGCCCUUGCUGCAGUUCUUGAAUCCUACAUAAUCCAAGGGGGGGGGAGGGUGCUUCUCUACUGUCUUGACCUGCUGCCUAGCAACACAUGUGAGAGCGCCUGCCUGCCUACAGAGCUUUAUCAUCCGUAUUUUAACAGGCUACAAUUAAUUGGCCCUCUGGCCCCAUUGAGGUUUUGCUAUGGCACAUUAUACAUUAUACACAGAAUGAAAAAUAUGAAUUUUUGCAGAGAGGGAAUGAAGGCAUAGCUUUUGGGCCUCAUUUAGAAAUGUAUUUUGUAUGUAAACCAGCGAACAGUUCACAGUAUCACAGUAAAAUCGUAAAUUGACAAUAUCCACUGUGGUGGAUUUUUUUUACCCAUUGUAUGAUUUCUAGUAUGUUGUCAAUAGUACGAAACUUCCAUUUAAUGUUGAAAUGGAAUUAUCUGUAGAAUAUUUUGAGAAGCUUGCAUGCCCCAUUUUUCUGAAAAUAAAUCUGAAUAUCACUAGAUCAUAUCCAGAGAACUUGACAUUGAAAUAGGACUACCAUUGCAAGUUAAAAUGUUUGCUACUCAAAAACAAUAUUAUCUUAACAUGCUGAACGUAACAGACCAGUGUCUAUAAUCAUAAAGUACUGGUAACUCACAGAAAAGAACUCUAAAUUUGCCAGAACAUUGAUGCUGCAUACCCUGUUAAUUGAAAUGAUUUGUAAAUUAAAUGGUGAUGUGAUUUAAUAAUAUGAAUAAUAAAAUUAAGUAUUUGCUA